AUGGCACAUAUUUACUCUUCUAGUUUCUUGAAUAUAGCUGCAACUGCUUGCAAGGGUAGUACGGUUGGUCUUUUCUGUGACGGCUGGAAUGAGGAGGAUGGAUUCUUGGGGACUCCACGUGAGAUUCGGGGUGCAGGAAAAGGUCCUAUGAUGUCCCGAGCGUGGGUAUAUCAGGAACGUUUCCUGGCACCUUGGACUUACCACGGUAUCAUAACUAUAGCCACUGAAAGAAAGAAAGAUCUAUGGUUCGGACAGUGGGGAAUAAUUGAUGAAUAUUCCAAGCUCAAUCUCAGUAAGCCAGCAGAUAGGCUCCCAGCUAUUGCAGGGAUCGCGUCUCACUUCGAGAGCCACAAACGUAGGAUAAAGAAUGGGAAAUCGACAACAUCACGUUAUUUCGCGGGUCUUUGGGAAGACAACUUGCAUCAUGAUUUGCUAUGGCGUGUGACCUUCCCAGAGAAUAAACCUCGUGAGGUAGUUCGAAUCGUCCCAUACAAUGCACUCACAUGGCCAUGGGCUUCUCUGGAUUCAAAAUUCAUACCAAGCGGGAAGCCAGGUCAGAGUGUUAACAUAGGGAUCCACUACAGUACUGGUGGUAUAGCCCCCGAUUUUAAGAUUUUGGAUUGCUUUACAACUCUAAUCGAUCCGUCUAAUAUAUACGGUGGUGUUAAAAGUGGAAAGAUUGUUUUGCAGGGAAGUCGAGCGAUCAAAGACAAUCAAAGUUUGGGGAAGCUGAUAGCAGAUAACCCACUGGCGUUGUCAAGAAUUAUCAAAGACAGAGUCGAUUAUGGAGAAUUACAUUGCUUGUGGAUCAAUUCAUUUCAAGGUGUUAGGCGUAAUGAUUACCGCCAUUUAGCACUAGUUUUGAAGCAAUCAGAAACUCCAGAGGUAUAUGAGAGAGUGGGUAUUGCCACGCUUGAUAAAGGUGGCAUAGCAGUCGGUGGUGGAAUCAGUGAUUCUACUUUUCGUAAAUUUAUGGAAUCCAUUUGGACUAGAAGUAGCAUCCAAACAUUUGAGGUUGUCUAA